AUGGCGAUGUCUCGAUGGGGCCUUGACAAGCUCCUCCGCUCGCGAAGCAGCGACAAGCUCGUCUCGCUCCUUCUCCCCGACGGCAGCAUGGAGAUGUUCGGCGGGGGAAAGACCGUCGCGGAUAUCAUGGCGGAAUAUCCGGGCCAUCACGUCGGCAGCAUCACCUCCUCCCGCCCGUGUCUCGCGCCGGAAAAGUCGCUUCACCCUGGCAGCACGUAUUAUCUCGAGCCUAAACAGUCGCCGUUGAAAGGGGCCAAGUCUCUCCCGUCUAACGAGGAUUUUAAGGGAUUUCUACCUGACAGCGAUCGCAAUAACGGGCCGGCGCCGCGCCGUGCUCGCAAGGAGACGAGGAAAUCCGAACGGAAAGGCGACUUCUUGACGGAGAAUGGACAAAAUGGCUUCGUUCCGCGCCGCAUGUCGCUCGAUACCGGCGCGCUUUUCAGCCGCCAACAAAGCGCCGAUGUUGCUGCCCUUGCCGCCGCGGUCGCUGCUUCUUCUUCCAUGCGUCAUUCUGAUUACGUCUUUGACGCCACGUCAGAGGACGACGAAGAGGAGAUCAUCUCGCCGUUUCAGGCUGCCAACCGUGUCGCGUCGCGACGCGCGUCCGUCUCUGACGCUUCAUCCGCCAGGUCCGCCGCCGCGUCGCUUUCCGAAGCGCGCCAACUUUGGCAAGACGAGACGAACAUGCGCCGUCACUCCCAGCCGAAGCGGGUAAAUUCACUCAAUGAUCUUUCUAACUAUGGAGGUUACAAUAAUGGCGGUUACGAUAAUGGCGGCGGCUACGACAGCGAGUCCAACGGUUACAACGCCGCUGUAGGGCAGCAGAGUCCGGCGUUUUCUCAACUUGAGCGCCAGCCGUCGUGCGGCCGCUCCUGCGGAGGCUGCGGCGCGGGCGGAAGCAUGCGCUCGUCGCGCUCCCCCUCGCCGGCUCCGUCAGUCCGAUCCGCUUCCGCCGCCGCCUUCCCUGACUUCGAGGGCGGCGAUAUCGCUAGGGGCUUCUCCGCCCUGGAUUCCGCCGAUUGCGCAACCGGCGGAAGGAGCGGGCGGCGCGCGCUUCACCGCGGCGCUGGCAGCGCACAAGAUGGAUCUACGCGGCCCGCUUUUCCAGAUUAUGACGCUUCCGCUGCCGCGGCUGCAUGUGGGCUCGUUCCGUCACCGUCGCCGCCACCGCCGGGGUUGGCGCAGUGGCAGCAGCAGCAGUCGUUCUCGAGAUCUGCCUCUUACAGCCGCAACGAUUCCCGCGAAUACGAUUCCCAGCGCGACCCACGGCCUGCGCCGCGCGCGCGGUUCCCCUCCGCGCCGUCGACACCCGUCCGCCGAACGAGCCUGGACCACCGCGCUAUGAGGGUGAAUCUUCCGCACCCCGCGGACGCGUCCGCCUUUGUGGCGUCGCUCCGCGGCGGGAGUCCCGCGGACGCUCGAAGCGUGUUCACCGCGAUCGAUUCGGACAGCGAGAGCCAAUGCGACGACGGGGAGAUUGCUGACGAGGAGGGGAGUGUGAAGUCGGGUUACUCGUUGCCUUCGCCACAUGACGCAGGGGCGGCGGAGGAGAGGCGCGGCUCUGACCUGCAUUACGUCCAGAUGCAGGCUACCAAGCCGAUGGAGGAUCAGUCAAAGAUUUCCAGCAAGCUCCUCCCUCUAGACACCGAAGACUCUUCCGUGCUCGACGUGCUUCUCACUAAUUCUGUUAUCAUCUCCCUUGCACUCAUCUCGUCUCUUUUCACCCUCCGCUCGUCACCCGCACAGCUCCUCCCUCUAGACACCAAAGAGUCAUCGGUGCUCGACGUAUUGGUGGUCGGCUGUGGGCCGGCGGGGCUCUCUAUCGCGGCAGAGUGCGCCAAACGCGGACUAACGGUGGGGCUGGUUGGCCGAGAUGCACCCUUCGUCAACAACUAUGGCGUCUGGCUCGACGAAUUCAAAGCCAUUGGGUUGGACCACUGCAUUGACCAAGUGUGGACCGACACUAUUCUAUACACAGACUCCGAUGUUCCCAUCACCACGGGGAGGGCGUAUGGCCGAGUAGAGCGCUCAAGACUCCACAACGAGCUCGUUCUGAGAUGCCAGCAGGCGGGAGUGCGGUAUGUGGAGAAGGAGGUGGAGAGCAUGGAUGACGAUGCACGGAGCAGCUCAGUGGCGUGCACUGAUGGGUCACGCAUCAACAGCAGGCUCGUUGUGGUGGCGGCUGGAGCAGCUUCUGGGAAGUUUCUCAAGUACGACAAUGACACGAGAGGCGUGGGCGUGCAAACAGCAUACGGCAUCGAAGUGGAGCUGGACUCAGCCUACCCGUACAACCCAGCCAGCAUGCUCUUCAUGGACUACCGGGACCUCCAACGCUCCAGGGAGGAGCUGGCAGCCGAAGGGGAGCUCUCCCAGCGCCCCAGCUUCCUCUACGCCAUGCCUUCCACCCCCACACGGGUGUUCUUCCAGGAGACGUGCCUGGCAUCCCGCCCUGCAAUGCCGUUUGACAUGCUCAAAACGCGCCUGCGCAGCCGGCUGGCACAGCUGGGGGUGAAAUACACCGUGACGCACGAGGAGGAGUGGUCCUACAUCCCUGUGGGCGGCUCUCUCCCUCUUACCACGCAGCAGCACCUGGGCUUUGGUGCUGCUGCGUCCAUGAUUCAUCCUGCCACAGGCUACUCUAUCACUCGCUCCCUCACCGAAGCUCCCCACUAUGCCACUGCUCUCGCUGCUGCUCUGCGCGCUCCCAGCCGGACUUCACUAGAAGCUGCAACUCAAGCCUGGGACCACCUGUGGUCAGCAGAGCGCAAGAGGCAGCAAUCCUUCAUGAUAUUCGGCCUUGAGCUCAUUCUGCAGCUCGACGCACCAGCCACCCGAGAUUUCUUCAACGCCUUCUUCAAGCUUCCCCCCAGUGACCUGCCACUAGCUCUACCUCUCUCCAUUCUCCUCCACCCCUUCUCCACCCCUCACCACCCCUUAGUUACCCCUCUCGACCCUUCCCCACCACUCUCCGCUUCUCCCCUCACCCUUCUGCGCCCUUCUUUGCCCCUCAUCAACCCUCUCCACCCCUCUCCACCCCUCAGGCUAUGGCGGGGCUUCCUGGCGUCCAACCUCUCCUCCCUCGACCUCCUCCUCUUCGCCUUCUCCACCUUCCUGGUCGCCUCCAACCCUCUCCGCUUCCGCCUUAUAAACCAUCUAAUCACCGACCCCAGCGGGGAAAGCUCAUCCGCACUUAUGCUGGAAUCGCAGACCUCACCUUUCAAACCCUCACCACCCCUCUCCACCCCGCUCCGCCCCUCUCCGCCCGCCCCUUUCCACCCCCCUCCACCACUUUCCACCCUGCUUCACCCCUCUCCCCCCUCAGGCUAUGGCGUGGCUUCCUGUCGUCCAACCUCUCCUCCCUCGACCUCCUCCUCUUUGCCUUCUCCACCUUCCUGGUCGCUUCCAACCCUCUCCGCUUCCGCCUCAUCCACCAUCUAA